AUGUCUAAUUCGGAAACGACACUUUCUACAACUAAUAGUUCUGCAAAAUGGCAUCAAGAUGAUAGUGAAUCUAAUAAUGGUGGAUACCAACAUUCUUUUAAACUUCAACAAAAUAUAGGACAAACAAAUAAAAAACAACAUCUUAUUACAGUUGCUGUUGUUGGUUUAUCAGGACCAUCUUAUUUUAAAGGAAUAGCUGGAGUUGGAAAAUCAUGUUUAUGUAAUAGAUUUUGUAGACAAAAUUAUGAUGAUUAUAUUGAGGAACAUCCUUCAAUACUUUCACAGGCAGAUUUUUGUGGAUCACCAGUUAUAAAUAAUGAUCAUUGGUUGUGGUGGGGUGAUAUUCCUUUAGAUCCAUCAAUAACUGAAUCUUUCAAAAUGAAAACAACACAUAUCAGAGUAAUUGAACAAACUGAGUUUUUAAGUGAUGAAACAUAUAAUUCAAUUACUCAUAAAUUAUCACAUGAACAAAAAGAUUUAAAUGAAUAUUUAAAAAGAGCUUCGAAAAUUAAACUAGAAAGUCAAGGAAAGUUAAUGUAUAUAUCAACGGAUCAACUUGGUCAAGAAGAUGACUAUCCAAAAGUUGAAUUACCAGAUGGAAAAAUAACAAUUGAUGCUUUUAUUAUUAUAUUAGAUCCUGUUCAUAUAAAAGAUAGAGAUUUAAAAUUUUCUUCAUUAUUUACAAUUGAAUUAAUUAAAAUGUUGCAUAAAACAAAAAAACCAAUCUUUUUUGCUGCAACAAAAUGUGAUAUUGCAGAAAAAAAAUAUUUAGAAAAUAUACAAAGUAUCUUUACAAAUAAAGAAUGGAAAAAUUUUCCAAUACCAUGUGUUGAAACAUCAGCUCACAACAAUGUAAAUGUUAAAGAGCUAUUUUACUUUAUUGCUCAUCAGUUAGAAAGAAAUAAGAAUAAAUUUAAACUCAAUUGUUAUGAGGAAGGAUUGUCUUUACAAAGAAGAAGAGAGGAUGAGGUUAAAAAGAAUUUUAAAAAUCUUCUUGGAAGUUGUAUUCCGGCUAAAAACUAUAAAAAAAUUGAUAAUAUUCCAUGGCUUGAAUUAUUUAACAAUCUUUCAUACAAUCCACAUCCUAAUUUUACUACAUUUUUAAAUUUUUUUGGAACAACAGAAGCUAUUAAUUUUUUUAAAGAAUAUUUAGAAAGUUUAAAAGAAGAGUGGACUAAUAAUUGUCUUAUCAAACAUUUACCUUCCCUCAAAAUUGCUUUUAUUUCAUUAUUAAAUAAGUCUAAUAUACAAUAUAUAAUGUGGGAAGAUGCUAAAAAUAUAAUUUUGAACCACCCAUUAUUUUUACAAUAUUUUAAAGAAUUUUCAUGUGAAGAAAAUAUUAAACAAACGGAAAAUUAUAAUAAAAUAGAAAGAACAAAAAUACCAAUUGAAAUAUUAGAUACAGUAGAAGCAGAAAAAACAUUCAUAAAUUAUCAACGUGAAAUAGAAAUGGAUAAACGAGAAAAGAAACGUGAAUUAGAAUUUAUCCAAUUUUUAAGAGAAUGUAAACAAAUAACACCGGGUAAAAGUUUUAAUGAUGCUCUAAUAUUUUUAAAAGGUUACCUACCAUUUGAACAAUUAAAUGAAAAUAAAGCAAUAAAAAUUUAUGAUGAAUAUCAAUAUAAAUUAAUUGAGAUGGCAGAAAAAAAUUUUCAAGAAUUGUUACUUGAAAAUGUUGGAAUAUUUUAUGAAUUAUUUAAUAAUAAGAAUAAUAAAAAAUUAUAUAUGAAAAAAAAUUUUAAAGAACAAUGGUUUUGUGAUGAUGAUUUUAAUGAAAUAACAUCUAUAUUAGUUGAUGAUAUUCGAUAUAGACAAUUAAAUAUUUUACAUGAUUUAAGAAAAAGAAUGAUUGAAAAAUAUGCAUCAUAUAUAAGUUGUGACAAUUAUAUUUCAAAUUCAUGUCCAUGUGGUUUUCAAUGUACAGAUGGUAUUGCUAUGGAAAUAAUUGAUCAACAUUUACAAAAAGUUAAAGAAAUUAAUAGUAAUAUUUCUACAAAUAUUGAAAUUAUUAUUCAUGGUAAUGAAAUAUUAGGAGAAGAAUUUAUAACAUCUAUUCAAACAGUUGCUAUAAGAAUGGGUUAUAAUUCAUUUAAUAAAAAAUCACCUGUUACUUUUACAUACUCAUUAAAUCCUCAAAAUUUUAAAGAAAAAUUAAAUAAAAAUACAAGUAAAAUUUUUGUAUAUCUAAUGUCAUCAAAUGAAGAUUUACAAAAAUAUAUACCUAAAAUUGAAAAUGAAAUAAUUUAUUAUGAAAUGCCACCAGUUAUUGUUAUACCACCAAUUACAAACAAUGAAUAUAAUAAAAUGAUAUCAGAUGACAAUAAUUUAUCAAAAAAAAUUCAUGAUUUUGGUAAACAAUAUGAUUUAAAUAUUAUAUCAUGUCACAAUAAGUAUGACUAUCAAUUGGAUAAUUUUAUAGCAAACACUGUUAAUAGACAUUUAUCUGGUAAAGCAUCAAAUAUAAAGAUUAAUCUUCUUAUAAUGUGUCAAGAUGAAAAUCCAAUUAAUAGAAUACUUGAACCUAUUUAUCCAUAUUUAUCAAAUAAUCUUUAUAGUUUAUCAUCAGGUUUUUUAACUUUUGAUAUUCCUAUAUAUGAUUCAUCAAAUAAUUUAAAUGAAAAAACUUCAACAAAUACAUCUAAUAUUUUAAGAGUUGAUGUUAAAAUAUAUUCUUAUCAUUCAUGGUUAAAUUUAAAUAAUAAUCAUUAUACCAAUAAUAAUUUAAAUUCACAAGGAUAUAUUUUAACUUAUCAAGCAAAUAGAGUUGCAUCAUUUGAACAUAUGAAAAUUACUAUUAAUAAUAUAAUAAAUAAUAAUAAAAAUCGAAAUAAACAAAUGGAAAAAAUGUUAUCAACAGAUAGUUAUAUUAUGAUAAAUGCAUUGGCUGGAUUAGAAGAUUAUUUUCAAAAUAAGGAAACUAAUAGAAUGUUAACAGAAGGUAGUCAAUUAGCAACUAAUUGUGGUGCUUUAUUUCUAAAUAAUCUUCAAAGUUGUAGUAAUGAGGCAGAAAAAACAAGAUUAAUAAAUUUUUUUAAAAAUAUAUAUAAAAUAUCACAAAAUGAUAUAUUAUCAACAUCAACAAAUAAUAUAUCUGAUACAGAUUCAAAUUCAUCAGGAUUUGCCUCUACAACAAUUAAUUCAAAUGGUUCAAAAGGAUCAACAUUCUCUUGUAAUAGUAAUAUCCCAUCAUCAAAUAAUAUUAAGUCACCAAAAAGUUCGCGCUGCCCAUCACAACAAUCAAAUUUUACCCAAUACUCUGCAUCAUCACCAUUACAAAGAGUAAAAAACUCUUACUCAUUAGACAAUCAAGUAAUUAUUCCAAAUUUAAAUAAUUUGUCUAUUCAUACUAAAUCAAAUAUUUCACCAUCUACUAAUAUGCAACUAAUUAAUGCUCCUUUAGCUACUCCAGAAGAUAAUUUAGAUUUAAAUGAAGACCUCAUAUAUAUAAAUGAAUUAUAUAAUUCAGUUGACUAUCAAAAGAAAAAUAAUGACAUUUUAAGACCAGCGCCAUUUCCAACUGCUUUAUCUAAUAUCUCAAUACUUGAAAAUAAUUUAAAUAAUAUUGAUGAUAAAAAGAAAACUUCUCCAAAUAUACAAAAUGAGUUUGAGUUUAACAAAUGUGAAAUAUACGAGUAUAAUAAUUAUUUAAAAUAUGAUCAAUGCAUGGAUAAUAAAUUGUAUAAUAUGCGCUCUUUGUCUGUGGAUAAUGAGAUGGAAAAUGAAGAUCCAGUUUAUGAGUAUUUAGACUAUGUUGCAUUAAAAAAAGAAAAGCAAUCUUUGAUUGCUGAUAGAGAUAGCUCUAUUGGUGGUAGUGAUGGUGUUGUGUCAAGAGAUACAACAUUUAGAAGAAGAGUUAAUAUUAUUUCUCUACCACAAUAUCGAAGUUUUGAUAAUAUAUUAUUUAAUGAAAAAAAUGAUAAUAUUAAUAAUGAAAAAAAAGAUAAAAAAUUUGAUUGGAAUAAAAUUCCAUUAUUACGUUUUAUGUCACAAAAUAAAGUUACAAAAUCUCCACAGACAGGGUCAGUUAAAAUGUCAAGAGAUAAAGCAAAGUCAUUAUUUGAGGUUGACUCUCCAAAAGAAAAUGUUAUGGAAAAAUUUACUUCAAGUUUUAAAAAAGGAUUUUCAAAGAAAAAAUUAAAAACAAAUGAUAAAAUUGAAAUUUUUGAUAAAUUGAAUAAUUGUGAUAAAUUUAGUAUUUCUGUUGAUUUUGACAGAAUUACAAUUAACUCUAAAUCUUCAUCACACCUAACAACAUCAAGUAACGAUUGUAAUGAGCAUGAAAAAUUACAAUGCUUAUAUAAUCACCUUUUUGAAAAUAAAGAAAGUUCCACAACAAAAUUCUUUAGAUUUGGAAAGAAGGAUAAAAAAAAUGGAAAUAAAAAAGAAUCAACACAACAAAAAGGUUUAUUAAAGCAACAAGUAUUUUCAACAAAAACAUUAAUUGAACUUGCUAUGGAAGAUCCCUCUGAACGUAUACCAUUAUUUGUUAAAGAAUGUAUUAAUUUUUUAGAACAGGAAGAAAAUAUUAAAACGGAAGGUAUUUAUCGUGUUUCUGGAAGUCAAGUAGGAUCGCAAAUAUUAGAAAAACAAUUUCGAACGGAAAACAUUUUUGAUCCUAAUGUAUUAGAUUUACCAGUUCAUACAGUUGCUUCUUCUUUAAAAGCAUUUUUUAAUAAUCUCCAAGAACCAAUAAUUCCUGAAUAUAUUCAUUCCGACAUAAUAGAAUGCACAAAAUUGUACCUCAGUGGUGUUUCCACACAAAAUAAUGAUGAUCCAAAUAUAGAAAUAUUUAAAAAACAUUUAAUUCAUAUUUUUGAAAAAAUUCCCCCAAUUAAUAUACAUGUUCUUCGCAAUCUUGCAAUCCAUUUACAACAUGUCGCAGAUCAUAAUACAUUUAAUAGUAUGAACUUUAGUAAUUUGGCAAAAGUUUGGUGGCCAACAUUAUUUAGACCAGACAUGGAAAGUUUUAUACAAGUAAAUCAAAAAGGUCCAUUCUUAGAAAGUGCUACAUUCUGGAUUUUAAAAUUAGGAAAAGAUAUUUGCAUUCCAUCAGUCGAUUAG